AUGCCCUCUGCUACAAUAGAAAAAAAUAAUAACAUUCUCCAAGAUACUCCGUCUUACUUAGAAAAUAAAUCAGCUUUAGACCUUUUCAAUUUAAAAGGUAAAGUUGUUAGUAUCACUGGUGCUUCGUCCGGUAUUGGAUUUGAAGUGGCAAUUGCUGUUGCUCAAGCAGGUGCCCAUGUGGCUAUGUGGUACAAUAGCCAUCCAAUUGAGAAAGAAACUAUGAAACUUAUAUCCUCUAAAUAUGGAGUUAUUUGUAAGAGUUAUAAAUGUCAAGUAACCGACUACAACCAAGUAGACAACACAAUCCGAGAUAUUUUAAAUGAUUUUGGUAAAAUAGAUGUAAUGAUUGCCAAUGCAGGUGUUAGUUGGGACAAAGGUGGUAUUCUAGACAUACCAUCAAACAAAGAUGCGGCUUUAGAAUGGAAAAAAAUUAUGGAUGUUGAUUUAAACAGCAUGUUUUAUGUGGCUCGGUCCGUCGGCAAAGUAUUCCGAAAACAAAAGCAAAGAGGCUCAUUCAUAAUGACAGCGUCUAUGAGUGGUCAUAUAGUAAAUGUACCACAAAAUCAAGCUGCGUAUAAUGCUGCUAAGGCUGGUGUUUUACAAUUAAGCAAGUCAUUGGCUGUUGAAUGGAGUAAAUUUGCACGUGUUAAUACUAUUUCCCCAGGAUAUACACAAUCUGCUUUAACAGAUGCUUUGCCUACAGAAUGGAGGGAUACUUGGAAUAAACUAACUCCAAUGGGUAGAUUGGCAUAUCCCAAAGAAUUAGUUGGCGCAUACAUUUAUUUGGCUAGUGACGCUUCUACUUUUACUACUGGUGCCGAUAUAGUCAUUGAUGGUGGGUAUACUUGUGUGUGA